ACAGAUCUUAUAGGAAAUAAUGAGGCUGCAAACAUAUGCCGGGUUCAGUAUAGUUGGUGCUCUUGCCAUUAUUUAUCAUGCCUUCAAUACUAGAGGCCAAUUUUACCCAGCCAUGGUGUAUUUAUCGACCUCCAAGAUCAGUUUGGUUCUUCUUCUAAACAUGGGUUUGGUCAUCAUGUGCAUUUUGUGGCAGCUAACCAAAAGGGUGUUUCUUGGGCCACUCCGUGAAGCAGAGGUUGAGAGGCUGAAUGAACAGUCUUGGAGAGAAGUCAUGGAAAUCCUAUUCGCAGUCACUAUAUUCAGGCAUGAUUUUUCCGUUAAUUUUCUUGCAAUGGUCACUGCUCUCCUGCUGAUUAAGGCUUUGCACUGGUUGGCUCAGAAGAGAGUGGAAUACAUUGAAUCAACCCCAUAUGUUCCCAAGCUGUCUCACUUUCGGAUCGUUUCUUUUUUGGGGUUUCUUCUUCUGCUGGAUAGUCUCUUCCUGUACAGUUCCUUAAAGUAUUUAAUACAGACAUGGCAACCUUCUGUUUCGCUCUUCUUUGCGUUUGAGUACAUGAUACUAGCAACAACAACAGUGUCUACAUUUGUAAAAUAUGUUUUCUAUGUCAGUGACAUGUUGAUGGAAGGACAAUGGGAUAGAAAGCCUGUCUAUACCUUCUACUUGGAGCUUAUUCGUGACUUGCUUCACUUAUCUAUGUACCUAUGCUUCUUCCUUGUGAUUUUCAUGAACUAUGGUGUGCCAUUGCACUUAAUUCGAGAACUCUAUGAGACCUUCCGCAACUUCAAGGUCCGAGUUUCUGAUUAUAUUCGUUAUCGGAAAAUCACUUCAAAUAUGAAUGACCGUUUCCCAGAUGCGACACCUGAAGAGCUUAAUGCAAGUGAUGCAACAUGCAUUAUUUGUCGUGAGGAGAUGGUGAUAGCAAAAAAGCUCCUUUGUGGACAUCUUUUUCAUGUGAAUUGCCUCCGGUCAUGGUUAGAGCGGCAACAUACUUGCCCUACAUGCAGAGCGCUUGUUGUUCCUCCUGAAAAUGGGACGACUGCGGCUGGGGGAUAUGGAGUCAGGUCUGAUUUUCCUCAGCAAGGAACGGAUGCUGCAAGUACGUCUGCUCAGGGUUCAGAAGGUGGUGCAGCUGAUAAUAAUUUGAGGCAACAUCAAAUCAGACUCCAAGCUGCUGCCGCUGCUGCUGCAGUAUAUGAGAAAUCUUUUGUUUAUCCUUCUGUGAAUGCUUCUGCAUGGUCCCCAGGAUAUGCUGUACUUCCGCAGGUGUAUCUGCCUUCAGCAGACUCCUCUAGUAUGGAUUCAACUGGAGAAAGAGCUUCUUUUGGACAGACACAACAGAACCAAUUCACUAUCCCCGGUGGUCUUCCUAACUAUACUUUCAUCGCUUUCCAAGAACCUGGUGCCAAUUCCCCUUCUAGUGAAAGAUUGGGCUGCAAUAAUGUACCUGUUUCACGUGUGGAAGUCCAGGAGAGAUUUCUUCGGCAUCAGAUUGAGGUCCUACAAAACCAGAUGAAGCUUCUACAGCAACAAAAACCAGAAGAAUCCAUAAAAAUGGGUCCCAUCAUGGCAUCAGAUAGCAGAGGAAAGGCUACUGCAUCUUCAUCAUCAACCAUUACUGACUGCAGUCGUGACGAAGAGAGUGAAGAGAUUGAUGAUUAGUGAGAUCAUACUGAAAGGAGACACAGGCAAG